GGGCGGGAGCAGCGCCAGGCGGGAGCAGCGCCGGGCGGGACCCUCCCCGCGGCCCACGCGGAGCCAGGAGGCGCGGACUACAGCUCCCGGCCUGCCCCGCGCGUGGUCCCCUCCCGCCCCCCGCGCCCGGGAGGAGGAUGCAGACGCCGCGGCCGGCGAUGAGGAUGGAGGCCGGGGAGGCAGCGCCGCCGGCGGGGGCGGGCGGCCGCGCCGCAGGCGGCUGGGGCAAGUGGGUGCGGCUCAACGUGGGGGGCACGGUGUUCCUGACCACCCGGCAGACGCUGUGCCGAGAGCAGAAGUCCUUCCUCAGCCGCCUGUGCCAGGGGGAAGAGCUGCAGUCGGACCGGGAUGAGACCGGGGCCUACCUCAUUGACCGUGACCCCACCUACUUCGGGCCCAUCCUGAACUUCCUCCGGCAUGGCAAGCUGGUGCUGGACAAGGACAUGGCUGAGGAGGGGGUCCUGGAGGAAGCCGAGUUCUACAACAUCGGCCCACUGAUCCGCAUCAUCAAAGACCGGAUGGAAGAGAAGGACUACACGGUGACCCAGGUCCCACCUAAGCACGUGUACCGCGUGCUGCAGUGCCAGGAGGAGGAGCUCACGCAGAUGGUCUCCACCAUGUCUGAUGGCUGGCGCUUUGAGCAGCUGGUGAACAUCGGCUCCUCCUACAACUACGGCAGCGAGGACCAGGCAGAGUUCCUGUGUGUGGUGUCCAAGGAGCUCCACAGCUCCCCGAAUGGGCUGAGCUCAGAGUCCAGCCGCAAAACCAAGCCCAGUCAUCUCAGGAUCCCGCUAACCUUUUCUCCCUCCCACCACUGCCUCCUCCUGCGCUUCCCGCUGGAGGUCCUGCCUCAUCUUCAUCCACCUCUUCUUCCUCCUGGAUCUCAUCUGCACCCUGCCUCUUCCCUCUCUGCCCCUGUCCGGGUUUUCUCUCUGCCUGCUCACGCCUCCAUCCCGGGUCUGCCCUGGUCCCAGCCUCCCGUGCCCUCCACCCAGGCCCCCUGGCCCUGCAUCCCAGAGCGUCCUGCCUGCCGCCUCCUGCGCCCCUUCUGGUACCUCCUGCCUCCCAGCCCGGGGAGGAGGGGCGCAGCUGCACCUCCUCUGUGCCCACCAACCCUGCCGGGCACCACUGAGGCUGGGCCCCGGCCGCAGGCCCUGCCCCGCCUCCUCUCCUCCCGGCCUCCUCCUCACGUUUCCUCCUUGCAGGUUCCCGUCCGCACUCUCUCAGACCUGAGGCUGAGCUUGCAGUGAGGGCUUCUCCUCGGCCCCUCGCCCGCCCCCAGAGCUGCCAUCCCUGGUUUGUAGCUUGGCGGUGCUGGAGGGAGGGGUGGAGCGAGGAGGGUGCUCAUCUCUUGAUCCUUGGACUUGAGCCGAGCUUUCGGCUGAUUAUCUCCACCCACCAAAGUUUCUCAUCCAACCUUGGCCUUGGGGGUGAAGCUCUGAGAGAAGAAAGUUAGGGAAUGGGAACUUUCCCACCAGCCCAUCAGCACCAGAGCCAGGCUUGCGGGGAGGGAGGGACCCGCUGAAGCCAGAGGCCUUGGCCGAGUCCCUGCACAUCCAGGAGCUCCUGUGUCACUGCCUUGUGGCAUCCCCUAUUUCUGUGGGGAUGGGGAGGAUAGUCCACUUUUGGAUACCCUUGGCCUAUGAAGUGUCAGCCAAAGCUGGCUUAAGGAUUGCAGAGUGUCAGAAAAAGCCCUGGCCACAUGCCCAGAAGCCCCCCACCCCAGUCUUUUCUUCCUGCUGUGUGACUUUGGGCAAGUCACUGUCCCUCUCUGGGCCACAAUUGCCUCUAAAAUGGGGACAAACGGCUGCUCUCUGUGGCUCCUUUUGCCUGGGGCAUCAGUGCUUCUCCCAGCCUGACCAACCCCCAUCCCACCCCCUUAAAAGUCUUGGCAGAAUCUGGCCUUUGUAGGUGGCUGCCACUGAGCCCAAGACGGGGCAUGGGGCUCCUGGAUGGGUUACUUGGGCACCCUUCCUGCUCCUCCCCCACUCAGUUCUGAAUCCACCUUCUCUGGGCCUCAGCCCCAUCGCCUUCUCCAGAAGGAAGCCUGUGACUCAACUGCCUCUCUCUCUCUCCCUCUCCCCGCCCCUUCAAUCUCCUCUCCAUCCCCUGGCCCUGCAUCACCCCCUCCUUACCGGCCUCACCUCUGUUCCUUCCAUCCUCCUGUCCUUCCCCUCUUUUUUUUCUAGCUGUUACAAGCCAGAGGCACCCGGAUGUGAGGCCCCAGAUCACCUCCAGGGACUUGGGGUUCCCAUCUGAAAUCCUUUAUUUUUGUACCAUGGGGUGGGCCCUGGGCCUGAGAAGGAAGAAGCCUCCUGUCUGCACCUGUGGGGCUGUGACUUACCCCUGCCUCCAGGGCCGGGGCGGGGCGGGGGCCCCUGGGACCUCUCAAGGCCCAAGGUGGGCCCCAGGAUCUCUGGGCAGAGCCAACUACUCAUGGCAGACGUGUGGCAAUGUCUGGCUGUGUCUCUCCAGCCCCCGCGUCCCCUUUCCCGGGCUCCCCUGCUGCAUGGCGGAUGCACUCCUUCCUGGCCCAGUCACAUCGCCUCCUUGAGCCUUAGUCCAGGGGGUAACUCCUCCCACCCCACCUACCUCACAGGGUUGUUGUGAGGGUGCACAGAGGAGCAAGGUCCCUGAAGGCCCUCAGGCAGUAUAUAGGGGCCGCCCACCUUCAGCUGCCCUGGGAUGGGAAGGACCCAGCCCGACCCCUGGGCGUAACACUGUGUUUGCAAAUGGAGAUUCAGGUAUUGGGGAUGCAGGUUGUGGGGAGCUGGCCUGUCAGAGUAGGUGUAGGUGGCUUGGCCUUCACCUUGGUGAUCCCAUCCCCAGCCAUUUGCAUUGCUGGCCCAGCACCUGGCCUCAGGGGCGGGGAGAGGCAGCCGAAGGGGCUGGGCAGGGGCGGUGGAGGACUCACGGUGGAGGACUCACGGUGGAGGACUCAGGAACUGCCCGGGGAGCAUGGGUGUGGCAGCUGAGCCAGGGCCCUCCUGUGUUUGACUUCCUGGGAUGGGUCCUUGCUUCUCAGCUGUGUCGGACCCCACCGUGUAAUAAAACCGGAAGGAACAGCCCAGCCUGGCUGUCACCCUUUCUUUCUCUGGACCACUUUUGGGGAACUCAAGGUGUGGUAGACUGGCCCAGAGGAACGCAGCUUUCUCUUGAAAGCCCAAGGACGCUGCCCUGUUGUCAUUUUCCUGGGUGUGUUGCAGGGAGGGCUUGGGGAACUGGCUAUAUCCUUUGCCCUGGGGCCAGAUACCAAAGCACCUGCUCUACCUGGCCAGGAGCCAGAAAACAGAACUCUAGGGAGAGCCCUGGGCUGCCUCUGCCACAUCUUUAACCUCUCAGGACACCACCACCCCCACUUCUAUUCUGACACCUGGGCCACCUCCAUCCCUCCCUAUUGGGCAGAUCACCCAAGGGAUUCUGCAUGUGUUCUGCCCACCUGCUCUGAAGACGCCCCCUGCUCGCCCAGCUGCCCCGGCUCCUCCUGGCAGGACCCAGGUGGGUGCUUCCCGUCCCUGGUUCCCCUUCUGCCUCAUUCACCCACAGACCUGGCAGCAGCACCCACGUUGGAAAAACCCCUCUUCAGUCUAGGGCCCCUCUGAAGCGCCCUCUCUCCCUUCCGCUCCCAGUUAGGCUUCCAGAAAGAGCUGUCCACAGUUGACCACCCACCCUCACCUCCAGCGGGCCCCCUGACUCCAUCACAACUGCCCUCAGGGGUCCGAAAUCAUCCUCCAGUCCAUCCCAUGGCGCUGCUCAGUCCCGGCCCAUCCUCUCCUUCCUGGAAUCCUGCAGUGGCCUCCUAACCAGCCUCCCUGCCUGCCACUCCCUGCACACUGGUGCCAAGGCUGGUUCCAAAAUGUGAAUCCACUCAUGUCACCCCUAUGCUAUAGAGCCUACCAUGGCUCCGCAGAACUUUCAGGGUCAAAUCCUUGGCUCAACUCCAGGCUCUGCUAUCCCUGCCUCAGUUUGCCCCUCUGAAUUCUUCAGUCCUUCCCCUCUCAAGCUCUGUUCUAACACUCACUCGGCUUGCUGGGUCCUAGUGUGUCUCAUUCUUCCAGGACUCUGUGCCUUUGCACAUGCUCUUCCCCUGCCUGGAAUAUCCCUCCCAGAUAUUCCCACCUUGACUACCUCUGAACCCCAGCUCAAGUCUCACAGCCUCCAGGCAGCUUGCCUUGACUUGCCCAGUCCGCGCUCCCCUCCGUCCCCUUCCCACUGGAUCAUCCCCACGGCUCCUGGGGUCAGGAGCCAGGUCCUUCACCCCUGUGGCCCCAGCACAGUGCCUACUCAAUGACUCAAAGAAUUCAAAGGGAGUGAGUGUUGCGCUGGAGGGGGCCAUGGCAGACGGGGAACUGGGAGACAGGAGUCUAUACCACCUCCACUCCUAACCCCCAGUGCCACCAUGAGGAUGUCUUAACCGCCUCUCUCAGCCUGUUUCCUUUAAGGUUCCAAAAGGAGACCAUUGCUCCUCACAUCCCUCCCUCUGACCUGAGGGUCCCCAAACGAUUGCCUUCCUGGCAUUUCUCCUGGGAUCUGGGCAGCUGCCCCAGAGGCCCCAGCCCUCAGUGGCCACGCUUGCUGCCACUGAGCCCACCUUGGCCUUCUGGUCACUUGUCAAACAGGCUGAGCUGGAAGCAGGGACUGCUUCAGUCAAGGGCAUGAGGCUGGCGCCCGGGUCCCCGUUCAAACUCCAGCAGAGGGGCUUGGAUCAG